GUGGGAGCCUUGCACAGUCUAGAUUGAGGGCUGCAUGUAGUGGUCGGCGGCAGCGCGGGCCUUCUCAGUGCCUUUUGCCGGCAGCAACGCUCCUGCACGCGACUCGCUCCUCGCUCGUGCUAGGCUCCAUUUCCACGAGUUCACGUGCAAGGAUACUACAGCGUGCGUGCAGCACGAUCGUCUCGGGCGGUGCGUGUGUAUGUGUGUGUGCAGACACAGCUGUUUGGAUAUACCAGACGACCAGUACCACCAUGAGCAGCUGGAAGUGCCUACGUGAACGUGCAAUACAUCACGUGACAGUCACGUGCCUGGUAUUGCAGCUAACGACAGCGUUCAAGAUGUUCCAAGAGCGACUACCCAACGGCAACCGAGUGCCCAACCCGUGCAACCCCGGGGAGGUGUGGGGUGGGGUCGGCCACCUUGUUCCCGGUGGACAAGGGCGUAGAAAUCCAUUUGGAGAGGAUUUUCACAGUGAAGGAAAGAAAUGGACACAAGGGUUGUGUCUCAUGGAUUCUGACGGCGACGGAAGGACGAACGGUGAGGAGCUUGGCGAUCCCAACUGUGCGUGGAGUUCCGGGGGACGGCUACAGCGGAUAACUAACAUCACCCAUCCAGGUGUCUGUGACCCUUGGGACUCAGUCCAGUGCCAGGCUAGGAACGGCUGGCUCAAGUGUGACCACAAUGGACUCCACUGUCCCGUCAUCAAGAAACCAUCUACACGAAGUCUGUCCUUCACCUUCCCAGAGACACGGGUUCCGGCAAGGGAGACAACCUAUUACUGCCAACUGUUUGACCUUCCGGUAGAUGAUGACUAUCAUCUCGUGGCCACUGAGCCUAUAUUGGUCAACACGGAUACUGUCCAUCACAUACUUUUGUUUGGCUGUGACCCGUCAGAUGAUGAUGUCCAAGCAACACCCGAGCCGUUCAUGUGUGCCAUGUUGGCGCACCGUAGUUGCCUGGACAUCAUCGGCACUUGGACAGUGGGUAGUCAUGGAGACUGUCUCCACGACAAUGUGGGUUUUAGCAUUGGCAAGACAGGGUACAGGAAGGCUGCUCUACAGAUACAUUGGAACAAUCCCUCCUUGCUGGCCAACACGACGGACGCUUCUGGACUCAAGAUGUAUUUCACACCAUCACGACGCAGUUACGAUGCGGGGAUGUUGUUGGUUGGCCAAGAAUAUCUGGAGAUAACCCCCCAGCCGGCCCCCUCAAAACAAGUCACUUUCUCACAGGAAUGCCCAGGGCGAUGCACCCGGGAGAUGCUGACUGAGGCCAUCUUCAUUACUGCAACUGUCAACCACAUGCACUAUCGUGGUGUGAGUCAAAGGAUAGAACUCUACCGGAACGGCAGCAAGGUGCGCGACAUCACAUACGACAGAUUCUAUCACUACGACAAUCCAGUGAUCUACUCGUUUAACCCCCCAGUCGAAGUGCGCCCUGGCGACGAGAUACGAACAACCUGCGUUUACGAAACACCUACGUCUGGCAACUCCAUGUGUUUUGGCGAUGGAACACAGGACGAAAUGUGCUACGGAUUCAUGACGUACUACCCAAAACAGAACCUUCCCAUACCAUGGUGCACCGCUAGGAAGUCGGUCCAGAAGUGUGACCGAUACCUCCCGAAGUUCCGGAACAACUCCAUCGACGGCUGCUUUUGGUUAGCCUUCCUCCAACCAACCAAUCAGGAUACGAUAAAUAUAUUCAAAUCUGUGCUCGGUCAUUGUUUUGACGCCAAAACAGAAGAAAACAGCUGCACGGAUAGUUGUUUAGCUGCCAUUAAAUCAGCUCGGAAACACCCCUGUCUGUCGGGAGAUAUCGGAAGUUACAUAAUAUCAAAGUUUCGCCAUACAUCGAUAGGGUUUCAGUUCCUGAAUGCAUUAUUUACCUGUGACUGUGAGGACAGAUUUGACAAUGGCUACUGCGAUAAGCGGUACAGAGGAGGAACGCUGGGUGAAGGUGCCCAAAAGAUGUGCGCUGCAAGAUACACAUCGAUCAAGACGGUAUCGCCAUACAAUGGGUCUCCACCUACGACUUUGACAUCAUUGACAAUUCUUACUUUGGUUUCUGUUUCAAUAAUAUCGGUGUUGUUUGAAACACCUUCUUGAUCGUCAAGACAACGGCAUCACAAUGAAUCAAUUUGCUCACAACUCAUGACGUCCAUCGAGUGACCACCACCUGGCUGUGCUGUGUGAGAGAUCACAGAGGCACGACCAGAUGGUCUGGUGAAUGACAUGUCCAAGAUAUGUCCAACAUGAUACCAAAACACUACUAUGCAACAUACCAUGCAAGGCCGUUGUUAUCCUAUGCCGUAUAC